GGGAAUUCCAAGAGCUGCAGCUAAAUUCUUUCAACAAAGUACAUAUCAAUUUCACCAUAGUGGUUUUCACAGAUAAAAGUCAGUUUUAAGAAAGAGAAUGGCUGAAUAUAACUACAGAAAGCUUGAAAAACUGGCUCAUACAGCAGACGUGCACGCAGGACUUGAAAGUCAGGAAGCGAAGAUGGAUGUGGGGAUGUCUGGCAAAUUGAAAACAUCAAGUGAAACGUGUGAAGACAAAGGGUUCAAAAUGAAGAACCACUGCUUUUUCAGAGCAGUUGGCUGCAGGUUCAAGGGAGGAAGAUCAAAGAUUCAGGAACACGAAGUUGGAUCUGUCAGACAACACCUUAACCUUCUAAUGGAUGAACUCGCAAAGCUCAAUCAGACAGCAACUCUUGCCAACUUGCCACCAGAUAUGUCAAGAACUUUAAUGCAGCUGGAAGGAGAAACUGAUAAGGCACAACUGAGGGUCAAAGCUCUUCAGAAUGAUCAGCAAAUAAAUGAAAUCUGCAAACAACUGCAAGAAUUCUGCAAGCUCCUGGAAGCAGCAGAACAGUGUGAAACAAUCAUCGAGACCAGGUUUGCUGCCUUUGAAGACAAGCUGACUGCAGUGCCAAAGAAGAUUAACAAAUGCUCAAGGAUUGUAGCCACUUUGAAAAGACAGACAGAGAGCAAUGACCAGCUGUUUACUGAUGUCGAAAAUAAGCUGGCAAUGCUUGAGUCGAGAAUGCAUCAAACAGAGCAGUCAAUACAAGACAGUACCUCAAAAAUCAUAGCACUGGAAACCAUGACACACUGUGGUGUAUUUAUCUGGAAAAUCCCACAAAUGAGAAAGAGGUUGCAAGAAGCCAUCGAUGGAACAAAGCCCUACUUGGAUUCCAGUGAAUUUUACUUUUCCACAUAUAGUUAUAAGAUGUGUCUGCGAAUCUACCUGAAUGGCCAUGAAGACACGAAGGGAACACACAUUUCACUUUAUUAUAUCUUACUCAAGGGACAAUAUGAUGCCUUGACUCAGUGGCCUUUUAAAGAAAAUGUGAAACUUGCUAUACUAAAUCCAAGAGAUCGGCAACAGUCCAUUCUGAAGAUAUGCACCCCAAGUGGCCAGGAUCCAGCUUUACAAAGGCCUGUAGAAAGAAUGAACGCACCACGUGGUUUCUCCACGUUUGCGACAGUGUCUGAGUUCAACCAGUUCAUCUCCAAGUAUGUGGACAGUGAUGAAAUGUUCAUAGGUGCCGAGAUUAUCCCUGCAAACAGACCAUAACAAUCUAUACAGUAGAUGAACAAACAAUCUGCUGGAAGAACUCAGCGAGUCGAUCAGCAUCUGCGGGAGGAAAGGAAUUGCCGACGUUUCAGGUUGAAACCCUGCAUCGGUAAUAGAGCAAAUGAGUUAGGUGCUAGGGACACAUUUUGCAUUGUGUAAUUUAUACUAUAGGUAAUGUGACAUAUAAAACAUAGUACUUUAUCAUCCUCUCUUCUGCACUGUAGAAUAAAAGUGAACAAUAUUUCAGGACUUAAUUCACAGGAAAUGAAGUAACGACUACAAGAGUUAAAGAUUUUUAUUCUCUAACAGGACCUCCCCGCAUCUUUCUGAUGCCAGGGAGCAUUUUACUGGGUCCUUGACAGCGACCUACUCCAAUCUCCUCCAUCAUUUCUGGCAAUGACCAUUUCACUCCUGCCAGCUUCAAGAGAGAAUCGGUUUUUUGCAUAUGUGACCAGUCCUAAAGCUCCUGAGCUCCGAGGUUGGAGGCAUGAGCUCCUUGAUAUCUAGUUCAGCCACACCCUCCUGAAUCCUGCCACAAAUUAAAAAUCAACUCCUUCCACAUGAUAACAAUGACGUGCUGCAGUUUCCAAAAUUCAAUUCUUCAAAAGAGUUAUUGACAUGGGACUUCUCCUUUUGUUCAAAUAAGCACCGAAAGGCCAGGGAAUUUCCUACUGUCCUAUCUAACACUUUUCCCAAUAUUACCAAAACAAAAAGAUUAUA